CUUUCCCGGAGGAUUAAAUCCCCAGAGCCAACCCAGCCAGCCACACACGCACACACACACACACACUCCCUCCCUCUCAGCCGCCACCAGAACGCUAGGCUCUCCGAAGGGGAGGGGGAAACCCCCCCCAAACCCAAGCAUGUAAGGCGCCGACGACAGGAGCCGUCGAGCCCAGCCCCGGAGCAGCCGCAGCAGCAACAUGGCGCUGCCAAAGAGGAGCCGGCGGGAAGCUGGAAGGCGCUUGCCGGGGUUUUGAACUCCUUUCCGAGCGAGGCGGGAGUAGCAGGAGGUCUCCCGCAUCUACCUGCCCCCCCCUUCCGACUUCUGCCGGUGGGCAGGGCGUCAGACCGCGCGGGCAGCCCCGAUUUCUCCGACCUCUGAGAUCGGCAAACUUUUCUCGCCCACUGGAGACAGGGACUGGACUCGCUGGGAAGCGGGACUCGCGACACAGAAUAGGACGCAGCGUCCGCGGGGGCGGCGGCGGCGGCGGCGGCACGGCGACGACUUCCCUGGAGCGGAGAGACUCAGAUUAUAAACAUAUGUGAAGAAAGACCUCUGCUCUAAGGCGACGUCAUGCUUUCUGCAACUCCCCUGUAUGGCAAUGUUCAUAGCUGGAUGAGCAAUGAGAGGGUCCGCAUGUGUGGCAUUAAUGAAGACAGGAAAAUCCCAGUUAAUGAUGGAGAUGCUUCAAAAAGCAGGCUGGAAUUAAGGGAAGAAAAUCACCUGAACCACAGUGUGGUGGAUGCAACGGCGGUUCAUCGCAUUGACAGUCUUGCAGCUCUGAGCAUGGACCGGUCUGGACUUAUGCGGGAAGGGCUUAGAGUCCCCAGUAGUAUUGUCUAUUCCAGUUUAUGUGGACUUGGCUCAGAAAAGCCUCGAGAUACUACGAGUGCUAUUGCUGGCCUUGGAUUCACUCCUGAAAGAAAUCCAGAGCUACAGUUCAAGGCUAAUCCCACCGAAACAAUUGAAAAUGUAGCUGGAAAGCCUCCAAAUGGCUUCAGUGCUAUGUACAAAACACCACCUGGAAUACAAAAGAAUUCUGUUCCAACUGGGGAGUCCUUAGGCUUGGACAGAAGCUCAGGCGACAAACAGAGUCCUCUUAACCUCAAUGGUGCUAGUUACCUAAGGUUACCCUGGGUAAAUCCUUACAUGGACGGUGCUAUUUAUCCUUUUCUUGACUCACCAAAUAAGUAUUCAUUGAACAUGUACAAGGCCUUGCUACCUCAGCAGUCCAAUUACAGUUUGCCGCAGCAUCUGACUUACUCACCUGUAUGUACAAAUGGUGAACGUUUUUUAUACUUGCCGCCUUCCCAUUACGUCGCUCCCCACAUUCCGUCCUCGUUGGCUUCCCCAAUGAGGAUCUCAGCUGCAUCAGCAUCUUCUGCACUUCCUCCUCUAGGACACUGUCAAGAUAAAAGCUUGUCUUGGAAGUUGGGAGUCAGUCCUGGGAAUACUGUGGACUCUCAUGCCUAUCCGCAUAUCCAGAACACCAAACCACCCAGAGUCCCAUCUGCUAAGCCGGUGACUAGCAAUAUGCCAACAGACCCUGGUGUUCUGCUGUCACAUUCACCAAGACCAUCACCUAGAGCCCAUCUCCCACCACAGGUUGGAGAUGCUUAUUCAGAGUUCCACAAACAUUUUUCCAGAAUUUCAACAUCGCCUUCCUCAGUUGCUCUCCCAAAGCCAUACAUGAAUGUAAGCAGUGAUUUUCCAAGAGUCUCUAGUGGAAAAGCUCCCAAAACGCAUGAGGCAGGGGAGAUUUCUCAGCAGCCAACAAUGCAUGCAAGGAAAACAGGUCAUGACAGGAAGGAGAGCAGGUCUCCUCCGUUAUUAGAGAAACAACAAACUGUUACCAAAGAUACGAUUGACAAACCACUGGAUUUGUCCUCAAAAGUUGUUGAUGUGGAGACAACCAAACCUGACCAUGUUAAGAAAAUGGCACCAACACUGUUAGUUCAUAGCCAGGCUGGAAGUGGGUUAGUUUUACCGGGAGGUGAUCUUCCAAAAGAAACCAUUUCUCCUGGAAAUGCUUGUCCUAUCUACAGACCUGAGAUAAUUAGCACUGCACCUUCCUCUUGGGUUGUUCCUGGUCCAGGUCCCAGUGAAGAGAAUGCUGGUAAAAAUGUACAGUUGAAAAACAAGGCAUUAGACUGGGUGACACCACAGCAGCGAAGUUCCUCUUGCCCUAGGAUGGGAGGCACUGAAGCAGUCAUUAGUAACAUUUCAGGGUCUGUAUCAAGUGGAGGUCGGCCAGCAUCUGCUUCUCCAGCUCCGAAUGCCAACGCGGAUUGCCCUAAGACUAACAACUCUGUGGAAACCACUGCAUCUGUCAUACAGCAUAUAGGACAACCUUCAGCACUUUCCUCUUCAAAGCACAGUAACAAGACAGCUAAAUGCAAUAAUCAUGAGCCUAUCUUCAAAGCAAAUGAGAGUACCCUUGCACCGAGUUCCUUAUUCUUCCCUCCAAAUGAUACAUUCCGAUCUCCGCCAUUGCCCUAUCCAAGAAGUUAUCUGCCAUACCCAGUUCCAGAAGGUUUGGCUAUAGGUCCUUUGUCUCUUCAUGGAAAAGGACCUGUGUAUCCUCAUCCAGUUCUGUUACCCAAUGGCAGUCUUUUCCCUGGGCAUCUGGCACCCAAGCCUACAAUUCCAUACAGCCUGCCAACUACCAGAGGUGAGUUUAUGACCUAUCAGGAUGCAUUAGGUAUGGGGAUGGUACAUCCAAUGUUGUUACCACAUGCAACUUUGGAACUAAAAGAUGAAAAAUCAGAAAGGAGAUCUAGGUCACAUGAAAGACUCCGUUAUGAGGACCCUCCUUUAAGAAACAGAUUGCCAGAGAUACUGGAAAACAGCACAAAGCUACCAUUCGAAGUACCUGCUACAGACAGAAAUGUGAAAUCACACCAAAGUUCAGGUCAUAGUAAAAAUACUCCCAAAAGUGACAAGCAUCCCUUUGCAGAACUGAGAGAAGAUCAAGAGGUGAAGGGUGAAGCAAACCUGUCAAAACCUAAUUUUCCUAUUGAAAGCAGUAAUCAGACGAAUGAUCCCAUAAAGCACAAAGUGGAACAAACUUUUCAGCAUAGAGAUUUUAUUGUAAUGAGAGACGAAUGUGGGAAGAACAACUUCCAUGAAGUUUACAACUUUAAACAAGCCCAGAGCCCACACCCACUGAUGUUCAACAUAAGAAAAGAGGAUCUUUCAGUAAGCCAAAACAGAGAGAGGUUGCCAGUUCCUCCUUCCUCUGUGUUCAUGGAGACUGCCCAUGGGAACGAUGGCCUGCCCAUGGCUUUUUGCAAAACGCCCGAUGAGGCUAAACAGCUCUGUAUGGGAAAUGCACAGCCAAGAAUCGAAAUCAGUCCGGCGUAUGCUAAAGAUGGGACUGAGGGAACAGAUUCAAAUGAUGGCAAACUCUUGAAACCUAAGCCAUCGAAACUGGCAAAGAGAAUUGCAAACUCUGCUGGUUAUGUAGGUGAUCGAUUCAAGUGUGUUACGACUGAGCUGUAUGCAGAUUCUAGCCAACUGAGUCGAGAACAGCGAGCUCUGCAGAUGGAAGGAUUACAAGAGGACAGUAUUUUAUGUCUACCUGCUGCUUACUGUGAGCGUGCAAUGAUGCGCUUCUCAGAGUUGGAGAUGAAAGAGAGAGAAGGCCACAUAGCAACCAAAGACCUGGAGGUCUGCAGAUUCAGCCAAGCAGACUGGGAAAACUUGAAAGGAAAGAAUGAAAAGAAGCCCAAGUCUAUCACUUUGGAUGAUGCCAUUGCUGGGCAAAAUGACAAUGACAGAUGUGAUUUCCUUAGUUCAGAGAGUGCCCCAAACCACAAUGUUCAAGUUCCUGAGGAGAGUGUUCCUCCAGCAGACAGUUGUUUGGAGAGACUUGUUGUCUAUGAAAGGGCAAGUGACCAGCCAACAGAAGAGGUCAACCAGGCGCCAUGUCCACAUCUGGACAGAAAGCGUAAACAUUCUGGCGAGAAAAUGCAGAAUGAUGGAAAUCUUAAAGAAAAUUUUGUAGAGGAACUGGAAGAAGAAUUUGCAUCAAAAACUAAAAAGCGGAAGAACUCCAAAGAUGACUGGCCUGAGAGGGAAAUGACAAACAGUUCCUCUAACCACUUAGAAGAGCCCAAUUGUAAUGAGGUGACCAACCUGAAGGUGUGCAUUGAAUUAACAGGGCUCCAUCCCAAAAAGCAGCGUCACCUGCAGCAUCUUAGGGAACUAUGGGAGCAGCAGGUGUCACCAGAGAGAUCCCCACCCGGCAAGUUGGGCCGGCAAAGCAGGAAAGAUUUAGCUGAGGCUGUUCAGCCAGAGGCCACUGCAAAGGUCAAAGACUGCACAGAAGAAAGGCACACCAAGAAAAGGUCAGAGGUCAAAAGCAAUAGAAGUUGGUCUGAAGAGUCCCUCAAAGCAAGUGACAAUGAACAAGGUAUCCCUCUAUUCCCAGCUUCUCCACAUGUGAAGAACCUUCCAGCCCCAAAUAUAAACAGCAAAAGGCAAACCCAGCCAAGCUGUACUCCAGCUUCAAGGUUGGCUGCCAAGCAGCAGAAAAUUAAAGAAAACUGGAAGGCAGAUGUGCUGUGCACAGAUGAAGAGGAAGAUUUCCAAGUUGCAUCCCUGCUACAGAAGCACAGCGAGUGUGAGAAGCCACCAGGGAAACGUCAGUGUAAAACAAAACAUUUGGCCCUGCAGGAGAGGCGAAGGAGGUCGUCGCUCACUGUGGAUGACAUCACAGACAUAGAAAGCACUGAGGAGAAGCCCUCACAGCUGCAGAUUGCAAGCCCCACUCAGGAGACUACCCCAAGUCGUCCCAUGCCGCCAGAAGCCCGAAGGCUUAUUGUCAAUAAGAAUGCUGGAGAAACUCUUCUGCAAAGGGCAGCUCGACUGGGAUACGAGGAAGUGGUUCUGUAUUGUUUGGAAAACAAAGUCUGUGAUGUAAAUCAUCGUGACAAUGCUGGUUAUUGUGCCCUGCAUGAGGCCUGUGCCAGAGGCUGGCUGAGCAUUGUGAGACAUCUCCUAGAAUAUGGAGCGGACGUUAACUGCAGCGCUCAGGAUGGAACUAGGCCUAUCCAUGAUGCUGUGGAAAAUGACCACCUAGAAAUUGUCCGAUUGCUACUUUCUUAUGGAGCUGAUCCCACACUUGCUACAUACUCAGGUAGAACAAUUGGGAAAAUGACCCACAGUGAACUUAUGGAAACGUUUCUAAAAGAGUAUUUCGCUGACCUGCAAGGUCGAGGUUUCAAUGACCCUGGUUUGUACUGGGACUUUUAUGGCAGCUCUGUGUGUGAACCAAAAGGUGAGUCGGGUUUUGACAUCUUAUCCAGUCCACCUGGUCCGAGUGAUGAGGAUGAAGAUGGCUUUAGUGAUAUCUUUGAGUUUGAAUUCUCAGAUGUACCUCUGUUGCCAUGUUACAACAUCCAAGUGUCUCUUUCUCAGGGGCCACGAAACUGGUUAUUGCUUUCUGAUGUAGCAAAGAGGCUGAAAAUGUCACCCCGGAUAUUUCGCUGCAGUUUCCCAAAUGUAGAAGUUGUCAGCAUCACGGAAGCAGAAUUUUUCAGACAGGUUUCAGAGAGUCAGCUGUUCUCUUGCCAAAAGGAUCUAGAAGCUUUUAAUCCAGAAAGCAAGGAACUGUUGGACUUGGUAGAAUAUGCAAGUGAGCUACAGUCGUUGGGAGCCUCAAUAGAAUUCUUGCGUCCGGAUGAGGAUGCUGAUAUCCACUGGUGAACCUUCAGCCACCUAAUGUACAGUUCUUUGUAAAGUUCUUUCUUUAUGUAUAUGUGUUUAAUGCAGCUGUUUCUGUAAAGAAAAGACAUUGUUAAAUACGAUCUUUCCUUUAUAUACAUAUAUAUAUAUAUUUUAUAUAUAUAUGUAUAUAUAUAAAAUUCCAGAUGGGUGGAUUUUUGGAAGAAUUUUUUUUUAGAAACCUCACUCAGUUUUUACAAAAUGAUAUCUAAUAUUUCUUUUAAAUGCACACAAACUUUGGUAUAAAUUUGUUUUUACUUGGAACUUUUUUUUAAAUAAAGAAAAUAGCUUUGCUUCAUACAAAGCAUUGGUUACAUAGAAGAUACCUGUUAUAGGUGAUGUGAUCAGAGUCAUAUAGUUGGCUUGGGAGACUGUGAGGUAAGGCACUUCAUGAUAUUUUUGUUUUUGUUUACAAAAUUGCCUGCUUUGGCCAGGUAAACACUAUUGAAUAUAAUUCAAUAGACUGUAAUAUAAAUUAAAACCAUAUCCAUGUGCAUUGACUAAUUGUGUGAACUUUUAUAUCUUAAUUUAAAAGAUGUGAAAUUUAGUUUUCACAAGGCAAACUGGAUUGUUUAUAUAUGUAUAUAUAUGUUUAAACAUUUGAUGCUCUUUAUUUAAAAAAAAGACUUUGAACUAUUUUUUCUGUACCUUGUAAAAUAUUGAAAACUAACCUAUGUUGAACUUGCGUAAAACUAUACAGAAGCUAAAUCUUUUUUUCUGAAUUGUGUGUUUAUGUUUGAGAUCUGUGUUUUAACUUUGUAAGUAAAUUCUUCUGCCUUUGUAUUUAUAUUUUACAAAAAAAAUCUUAAAGGCAAUAAAA